CCAACAACCAACAACAGACGGAACACGGGACGACUCUGCUAACAUGUUGCAGGUGGUUGCCCGUGUGAGUGAAGCGUGCGCAGCAAAACUGCACUAAACGACACCACCAAUCCCUAAGCUGUGCACGCGAGAGGCUGCCCCAGUGCAGUCUGCUCCCUGUGAAAGGGCUGCCCCAGUGCAAGGUAGUUCUGCGACGCAAAGCUGCCAAAAUGCAGCCCAUGCUCCUCGCCUUCCUUCUGAGCAUCGCCGCCGCCGAUGCGCUAGGUGUGGAGGUGGGCGGCGGCGGCGGCAGCGGCGGCUACUCGCAGAUUGCAAAGCUGAUGGCAGAUGACGCCGCGGCGGACGACAAUCUCGGCUACUUCGUGGCGAUCGACGGAGAUUUCGUCGUCGCCGGGGCCAGGGAACAUUACUGGGGCCUCAAUCCCGAGAAUGGCUCUGCGUAUGUCUUCCGUACGACUGACGGCGGCCAAACGUAUGGCCAGGUGGUCAAGCUGAUGCCCUCCGACAGCGAAGGGGGCGACAAAUUUGGCGAAAUCGUCGGGAUCGAUGGGGACACCAUCGUGGUCUCGGCCGGCUACAAGGACGGCGGCGACGAGUGCUACCAGUACGGCUAUCAGGAAACAGGCGCAGAUUGUGAACAAGGCGCAGUCUACAUCUUCCGCACGAGCAACGGCUGGGGCACGUACACAGAGACCAAGCUGACGGCAGCUGACGGCGCCGCCGAAGACAAUUUCGGCCGCUCCGUGGCGAUCGAAGGCAAUACGGUCGUGGUCGGGGCCCAAGGCGUGGACGACGCCGGCCUAUCCUCGGGCGCGGUCUACGUCUUUACCACGAGCGAUGGUUGGAACACCUACACGGAGAACAAGCUGACGGCCUCAGACGCCGCGGAGUCCGAUAACUUCGGCUGGUCGGUGGCAAUCGCCGGCGGGGUUGUCGUCGUUGGCGCCUACGGCGUCAACACACAAACGGGGGCGAUCUACGUCUUCCGCACGAGCGACGGCUGGAACACGCACACAGAGAUCAAGCUGACGGCCUCCGACGCCGCUUCAGGCGACCAAUUCGGCCUCUCCGUGGCGAUCGACGGCAACACCGUCGUGGUCGGGGCCCGCUUAGACGACGAUGACGGCUCCGGCUCGGGCUCGGUCUACGUCUUCCUCACGAGCGACGGUGGCGCCUCGUACGACGAGGUGGCCAAGCUCAAGGCUCACAACGCCGCGGAGAAUGACUACUUCGGCGGCUCCGUGGCGAUCGACGGCGGCACGAUUGCGGUCGGAGCCUACCGCAAGGGAAGCAAGAAGGGUAGUUAUGUGGGUGCGGCCUACAUCUUCUCCAGCGACGACGGCACUCAUUAUGACCAGAUCGCCAACCUAACGGCCGCCGACGCCGCGGCGAACGCAAAUUUCGGUAGCUCCGUGGCCAUCGCCGACGGGAAGGUCGUCGUUGGGGCCGCCGAGGACGACGACGGCGGCACCGAUUCAGGCGCGGUCUACAUCUUCGCGACGCCGAGCCCAUCACCGCUGCCGACGCCGUUGCCCACGCCGAUACCAACCCCACUACCCUCGACGGCCGCCCCGUCGCCGGCGCCGUCGCCGCUACCCUCGACGGCCGCCCCGUCGCCGGCGCCGUCGCCGCUACCCUCGACGGCCGCCCCGUCGCCGGCGCCGUCGCCGCUACCCUCGACGGCCGCCCCGUCGCCGGCGCCGUCGCGAUUGCCGUCGCCGGCGCCCUCCGAGGCGCCCACGAGCGAGCCCUCGCCUUCUCCGACGACGGCCGCGCCGAGCGUGGUGCCGACCUCUGGACCGGCCCCCCAGCCUACACCUAGACCGACGCCCGAGCCGUCGCCGAGGCCUACCCCCAGACCGACGGCGGAACCCUCCGCCGCGCCCAGCCGCGUGCCGACGUCGCGGCCCACGGCCGUCCCGACCAAUUAUACGGCACCCGUCGAGGAAGAAACGCACGAGGAGCUGGCCGAGGACGGCGCGACGGCGGUGACCACCGCCGUCGUCGUGACGGUCGCGACGUCGACGGCCGCCGCCGUGGCGGGCGCCACGGGCGCCAGCGCCGGAGGGGCCGCCGCGGGCGCCGGCGGGGCCGCCGCCGCGGGCGGCGCCAGUGGCGGCGGCGCCGGGGCCGGCACGACGUCCGCGGGCGCCGCGGGCGAGCUCCUGAGCGUCAUCGCCCAGGUCCAGUUCGUCGUCCUGACCGCCUCGCUGUCGGCGCCGCUCACGUCGGGCGUCCGCGUCCUCGGCAAUUCGCUGCGCUGGUCGCUGUUCCAGGUAAACCUGCCGAUCAUCCCCCGGUUCGGGAAGCGCUUCGUCGAGGCGCCGGCGGAGCGCCGGCGCCUCGAUGAGGCCGAGGACGCGGAGGCGCUCGAAGAAAACGAGGUCGAAGCGGAGGACGGCGUCGGCUCCUACCUCGCGGCGACGGGGCGGUCCGCGGAGGAGCUCUUCGUGCAGACGAUCAUCGGCGGCCUCGUCUUCGCGAUGCUGUACCUCGCGGUCCUCACGCUCCUGAACGACUGGUACGCGCGGCGCCACGACGGCGAGGAGCUGCCCGGGCACCUGCGGCCGCCGGCCCCGGAGAUCGCGCUGUUCUUCGUCUAUUCGACCGGCGCGCUCCAGACGUCGUUCUUCAUCCUGGCGCUGCCGGACCCGACGGCCGUGUGGAAGACGCUGGCCGUCGUCCUCGCGCUCGUCAUCCUGGGCAUCGGCGCGCCGAUCAUGCUCCUAGUGCUCAACCCCGUCGAGGAGAACAAGCUGUGCUCGUGGCGCGCGCGGCAGCGCAUCGUGCACAUCGUCUCGCCGCGGACCCCCAUGCUCCAGCAGUCCGGCGGGCACGGCGCGUUCUUCGAGAGCCCGCGCCGGCCGGCGCCGGGCGGCGCGCCGCCGGACCCCGAGCUGCCCGAUGGGACGCUCUCGUCCGUGCGGCGCGACGUGCAGGCGUCGUCGACGCGGAUGAGCGACGACGGACGCGUGGUCUUCGUGCUCGCCGACCCGGAGGUGGCGACGUGGCGGGACCGGUGGCGGCGGAUGUGGCGCGACCCGCAGCACACGCUCGGGGAGUGGCAGGGCGUGGACGGCGCCUACGCGUCGUGGCUCGUGGCGUCGUUCCCGAUCGCCUUCGACCGCCUGACGCACGCCGUGUCGUUCCUGUUGUUCGAGUUCACCGUGGACAAGAUUCUGGUGCUCGUGCUCAUCGUGGCGCUAAGAGGUCAGGCGUCCAAGACGCAGGUGGCCCUGCUCCUCACUUUGAUGGUCGUCCGGGGCCUCUUCAUCUUCUUCUUCCUGCCCUUCAAUUCCAUGUUCGUGAACAUCCGCGAGACCGUGGUCAACGCGCUCCGAUGCGUCGCGCUCGCCGUGCCCCUCGUCGCGAUGGCGGACCCCGAGUUGCUGUCGUUGAACAAGGCCUCGGAGAUCGCCAUCCUGCUGCACGUCAUCGCGACGCUCCUCUCGUGCGCGCUGCAGCUGCUGGCGACGGCGGCGGCCAGCGUGGCGCUGUGGUGCGAGGAGGGCUCGGGCGCGCACGCGAAGGGCGGCGCCGCGGCGCGCCUGUCGUCCGCGGCCGCGGUCUGCGCCGCGGAGGCGAUGCUCGAGCCGUUUUUGACGUACAAAACGGCGUUUCAGGACGCGCGGGACGCGGAGCCGCGACCGUCCGUACGAGAAGCGCACGACAUAGCCCUCCAUGCAGCAUUUCCGGAAGUCGUCGGCACGGAGGGCGAGAGCCUCACCGAGGCGGCCAUCGGGAGCUUCGUCGCCGCCAUCGUGUGCGAGAAACUGCCCGAGAAGGACCCCGCGUUCCUCGCGCUCCCGCGCCCGGAGCUCGAGGAGUACGCGGCGUACGCCGUGUCCGUGGCCGUGGGCCGCGUCUUCGGGCGCGCGGUCAAGUACGUCGAGCGCGGCGGCGACAUCGCCACGCUUGCGGGGCCAGGGGCGGCCGCGGGCGGCGACGAGCCGCCGCGCCUCGUGUACUACCACGACCCGAUCCUCCAGCGGCUCUGGCGGCCCUUCACGAUGACGGAGACGUCGCGCUCCUUCAAGAAACGGAAAGAGGAGCCGUCGCCACCCGCCGGGGCGGCCGACGAGGCGGCUGCCCACGCGUCGGUCGUCGCGGUGGACGCGACGAAGCCCGACGCCGACGACGCCGCACCGGCGGCGGCUCCGCCCGACGCCGGCGAGGUCGGGUGGUUUGGCCGCCUGCGCCGACGUCUCGCGGGCGACCCGGACGUCGUCGAGGUGAGCGUCGAGGGCUUCUCCGAGUCCGAGGACGAAGUCGAGAACUUGUGGUGA